AUGAUGUCUUUCAAAGUUCUCUCUCUGCUCCUCGCUUCUCUGGGCUUUGUUCUGAUGGAAGAAAAUGUCUCGGGCGUGAGUAUAAGGACUCCCAGUGCCAGACCAGUGCAAAGACGCUACUCUGAGGCCACCCUGGCAAGCGAUUACAGCCGCACGAUGGAUAACAUGCUGAAGAAGAACUUUGUGGAAUGGUUGCUAGCCAGACGGGAGAAGAAAAGCGACAACAUCAUCGAGCCGUACAAGAGGGAAGCUGAGCCCCAAGUAGCAGCUGCGAAUGGCCCAAGAUUGGACCUGGGCACCCAGGAAGCCAAAGACUUCUUCGCCUGGCUUCUAAAAGCCAAGAAAAAUCAGAGUUUUACUUCUCUGGAAGAUUCAGAAGGUUUGAAGGAUGUUUUGAACCAGGAGUUUCUGACAUGGCUGAUGUCGACUGAUCUCUGCAGACCAACGUGA